AAAAGCAGCACAGGAAAAGGAAGAGAAAAGAAAGAAAGGAAAGAAAGGAAGGGAAAGAAAAAUCUCCAAAAAUAUUUCUUCCCCUUCAAGUUCUAGGGUUUAUGCCCUAAUUAUCCUUCACUUUUCUUUUCCUUUUCAGCUCAGUUCUAAAAUCUCCAACUUCUUCGGCACUAUCGUGAUUUCUCCUUUAUCCAAUUCAACCAAUAUCCCUUUAUGUUUUUUACCUGAAUUCUUCAGUACCUGAUAAAUUUCCCUUUUCAUCUUUUGAAUGUAUUUUUUUUUUCUUCUUUUUGGUUAGUUUCCUUUGUUUUGAUGGUUGAGUCGAAAAUGAGGUCACGAACGAUGUCGUUUGGUGCCGGGAAUGAUACGUCGGUGAAGUUGGAGAUCGCGGCGGCGGAGGAGGUUGAGGCCGAGGAAGGUCACGGACGUCUAAGUAAACGAUCUAGGUUGUCUCCGUCUACCUCAUCAUCGCCGCCAUUCAUUCAGUGGAGCACAGCGAACAAUGAUUUUACUGCUACACCUUUGCAGUACAAUCCGCUCAAUGAACCUAGCCCUUUGGGUUUGCGGUUAAGGAAGAGUCCGUCUUUGCUGGAUUUAAUUCAAAUGAGGCUAUCCCAGAACAAUGCUUCUCCUGUAGUGGCUCAAUCUGGCAGUAGCACCAGUACAGCAAACAAGGACGCAAAAAACACAGCUGCUUCAAUUGCAACUGAUAAGAUGAAGGCUUCGAAUUUCGCUGCUUCUGUUAUAAGGAUUGGACGUUGGGAGUUUGUCGCUAGGCAUGAAGGUGACUUGGUGGCAAAAUGUUACUUUGCUAAGCACAAGCUUGUUUGGGAAGUUCUUGAAGCUGGGUUGAAGAGUAAAAUAGAGAUACAGUGGUCUGAUAUUAUGGCUCUUAAAGCAAGUUUUCCUGAUAAUGGGCCUAGCACUUUGACUUUAGUGCUUGCCCGGCAACCUCUGUUUUUCAGGGAGACCAACCCACAGCCCCGAAAGCACACUUUGUGGCAGGCAGCAUCUGAUUUUACUGAUGGACAGGCUAGUAUACAUAGGCAACAUAUUCUGCAAUGCCCUCCAGGUGUGUUAAACAAGCAUUUUGAAAAGCUGAUUCAGUGUGAUACACGACUUAACAUGUUGAGCCAACAGCCUGAGAUAGUUAUGGACGAACCCUACUUUGAUACGCAAGCUUCUGCUGUAGAAAAUCCAGAUGAAUUUAAAUCUAGUCAACUCCGGACUGGUGAAGGAUCCUCUGUUUCAAGCUUUCCUGAUGUAGCAUCACCAUCCAUCUCAGAUUUGUCAUCAUUGAAUUUCGAUACCUGGGAUUCAGCCACUACGGGCUCAGCCAAAGAAGCCCCUUCGCCAAGCUCAGUUAUGGAUGCAAAUGCAAUUGAAGGGAAUGGUAACUAUUAUCUAUCUGAUUCCCAAGGGCUGAAAAACUUGAAAGUGCCGGGGCUUCAUCCUUCUAUGUCUAUGACUGAUCUUGUGAGUCACAUUGGACAACAUAUUUCAGAACAAGUGACCUCUGGAAGUAUUCCUUCGGAAAAGGCAUCAGAGUGUCAGAACAUUUUUGAGAACAUUGCACAGAUUAUGCUUAGUGACACCCAGAAUGUAGCAGCUUCAGAUGAGAAACUCAUGAAAAAGGUCAAUUCGCUUUGCUGUCUUCUGCAGGAUCCAACAGUAGCUUCCAGUGCACAUGUUGAGGGAGAAAAUCACUCCGAAGGACCCUUCGCUGGGAGAGAUGCUGAAUUGAACUACCCUAGUGACUUUAUGUUUGAGAUGAAGGCUCACGAUAACGUAGUGAGCUCAGUGGAUCCCAAGCAGACUCCAGGUAUCCCAAGAAGAGACUCACUUGGAGACCUUCUACUUAAUCUGCCUCGUAUUGCAUCUUUUCCGAAUUUUUUGUUCAACAUUGCAGAAGCUGAUGAAAGCAAAUAUAGAUGAUGGUUCAUAGUGCCGUAUAUGCAGGUCAUAUGUAAUCCAUUUAGAUGGUGAACUGGUUGCUUUGCAGUGUCUAUUGUUACUGGUGUUUAAUGAUUAGCUGGAAAUUGGAAAUUGUUUUGGAUUCAGAAAUUUGUUUUGAUGAAGAAUCCUGAUAAUUUUCUGAACGGUGUACUACUGGUCUGUAAAUAGAUCAGAUUUAUCAAAUAGUUAAUUUCGAGGGUCAUUGAUACAAUUAUUCA